CGUGACCCAAGCAACGAUCAUUUUAGAAAAGAAAUGUGUAGGCCUUUACCUCUUUUAAACAUUUUGAGUCUUUCAAAGUGGAGAUAUCUUGGCCACUACUUGCACAUUAGACCGCUGAUGGUGGAGUCAUGAUAAGAGAAGUGGUUAGGGCAAAUAAUGAGAUUUUAAAAAAGUGCAGCGUUUUGAUCUCGGCCGUUGCUGUCAAAUCGUUGCAAACGUCAACACUUAAAGCGAUGAUAUUAAAUAGAUAACGGUGUAGGCUACUCAAUAGUAUUUUAACUUGGUGGAUGGUGUAAAAAUAUAACAUAAUAACAUUCAGUAUGCUAGUAGCCUAAUAUUUUUGAAAUUAUUUCGACAUUAAUUUAAGCCUGGUUUCAUUGUGUCACAAGUAGUUCGCCUUCAUCUCUUUAGGCUCGUUUCAUUUUUACAACAAUGUGCUUCGCACUUCCUCUUCUUCUUCCCUCCUCGAACCGGUUCAUGUGUGUGUGGAUAUCUUUCGAUUCCUUUUUUAUUUCACAUUUUGCAUUCAUGCUGUGGGAUGACAAGUGACCAACAAGUUCAUUCAGAAUUUAUUUGACCUUUAGUCGUUGACAUCAGCAUAUUUUAUUAGCCUUUAUUUCUGCUGGAUUCUUACUCAGAGAGAUGGGGACGGUCAUUGAUGACAUCAGACAGCUAAUAAAAGACUGUGAGCUGUUUGUUUUUGAGAUACUCCAUGAUGAGAAUCUCAGUAAUCCUGCUCAAGAGGCCAGGGAAAUUCUCCUACGAAAUUUUCAUAUCAUCCAAAAGAGAUACCCACAAGAAUUCCCCCACAGAUUUGAAUCCAAUCUUGAGGAUAGUUCAGAUGACAACCGCAGCUCCAGUCUGGGACGCUCUGCCCCCUCAGAUGAUAUGUCAGUGGCCUCUGACUACCAGGAGGAAGGUGCUUCUGAACUUUUUGAAGAGAUCCCUCUGGUGGCUCCACAGGACCUGAGUAACAUUCUAAAGCAAGGCUACCUGGAGAAAAAAAGACGUGAUCACAGUUUCUUCAGCAUGGAAUGGCAAAAGCGAUGGUGUGUUCUGAACAACACCAUAUUUUAUUACUUCGGGAGUGAGAAAGACAAGCAGCAGAAGGGCUCUUUUUAUAUCAAUGGCUACAGUGCAGAGCUCGUGCCCAGCUUACGCAAGGACUCCAAGAAGAAUUCAUGCUUCGAGAUGAGUGCUCCUGGAAGACGUUCUUACCAGUUCACUGCCAGCGGUCCCCGUGAGGCCAGGGAAUGGGUGGACCAGAUCAAUUUUGUUCUUAAGGAUCUGAGCUCUAACUUCAUCCCCUUUGACGAUGAUGAGGAAGAGGAGGCGGAAGAAGAGGAAGAGACAUAUGAUGACAUCGAACGAGCUACCACACCACCACCACCACGUCCUGGGCCAGCAUCUGCUCCAGUUACAACCCCGAGUCUGGGACAAACCCCCCAAAGCAGCCACAAGGAAUGGAAUGAACGAGCAGGGACUCAAGAAGAUGAAGAAGAAGAUGAAGAGGAUGAAGAGGACAUUUAUGAAGUGCUUCCAGAUGAUGAAAAUACUGACAAUGCUGAAGAGUGGAGUGAAAAGACUGCGUCUUCGGAUUAUGCUAAUUAUUACCAAGGCUUGUGGGACUGCGAAGCUGAUAGACCCGAUGAGUUGGCCUUCCAGAGGGGAGAUGUCAUCUACAUCCUCAGCAAGGUCUGUGUUUGUUCACUCAAUCUCUCAAAUAAACACACACACAUACACACACACUGAUUUGUUAGUUGAAGCACUCUUCAUGUAUUUUGAUUUUCUUUUUUCUUAUCUCGCUCUAUCCAUCUCCUCACUAAUGAUGAAUAAUAUGCAGCUGGCCAUAAGAUGAGUCAUAUCGGUCAAUACUCACUGACUUUCUCUUAGCAGCUAUUCAUUUACUGUAUUCUAAAUGACAAAGCUGGGAUGGUCUU